GAUCGAACAACGCAAGGCGCUACACUACUUGAGUACGCUGGUCACUUCAGGACGACGACUCCACUUGUCUAGGCAUAAUCUAGAAUCGAUCUAGCUUUGAUCGCCAUGUCUAAUGGUAGGUUACUGCACUGCCUGCUCGUCGUCUCUCUCCUCUCCGGUGUUGCCCACGCGCAGCUCUCGAAGAAUUUCUACGAAGCCUCCUGCCCCAGCCUGGAGACUACCGUGCGGGCGGAGAUGAAACAUGCCGUCGGCAAGGAACGUCGGAUCGGCGCUUCGCUUCUGAGGCUCUUCUUCCACGACUGCUUUGUCCAGGGCUGCGACGGCUCGAUUCUUCUCGACGAUGGAGGUGAGAAGUCCGCCGACCCGAACGUGAAUUCCCUUCGUGGCUUCGAUGCCAUCGACACCAUCAAGGCAAGCGUGGAGGCCAAGUGCCCCGGCGUCGUCUCGUGCGCCGACAUUCUCGCGCUUACAGCGCGCGACGGGACAUUUCUGCUUGGCGGGCCAUACUGGGACGUGCUGCUCGGGCGGCGCGACUCGAUGACGGCGAACAGGUCCCUCGCCAACACCGACCUCCCACUAGCGAGCGCCAGCCUCGCUACGCUCAUCACCAAGUUCGACAGACAGGGGCUCUCGCCCAAAGACAUGACGGUGCUGUCUGGCGCCCACACGAUCGGCAUGGCCCAGUGCCCCAGCUUCCGCGACCGCAUCUACAACGACUCCAACAUCGAUGCAUCCUUCGCGAAUCAGCUUCGGAAGACGUGCCCGAAGUGCGGGAAAGGCAGCAGCCUGGCAUCCAUAGACACCAAGACUCCAAUGGCAUUCGACGCCGCCUACUUCCAGGACCUGAUUGACCGGCGCGGACUGUUCCACUCUGAUCAGGAGCUCUUCAACGGGGGGUCGCAAGACGCGCUGGUGCGACAUUACACUAACAACCCAGCAAUAUUCCGACAUGAUUUCGCAAAGGCAAUGAUUAAAAUGGGCAACAUAAAGCCCCUCACCGGCACCGCCGGCCAGAUCAGGAAAAACUGCAGAAUCGUCAACCGCUUGAUAAACUAGCAGAUAGAGAGCUGAGAGGGUGGCUCAGGAACACCACGGGCAACGGUAUCAUAUCUACCGUCCAGUCCCUGCUUUGAGAUUGGUGAGCCUUUUGAUAUUUAUUUAAUAUAAAAUUAAUAAUUGAAACACAAGUAAAAAAUUUAUGAAACAAAAGUGAUACAUGAAAAAUAUUGUGAAACGUUGUGACAAAAAGUA